AUGGAGGCCAAGCGCAAGGCAAAUGGAACCGUGGAUGCGGAUGAACGCGCCGCCAAGCGCCGCAAAGUAGCUCAAGGCUUCGAUCUCUCCAAGGGCGAGUCCCGCGAAUCGACCACUGCGCAUGGCUUGGUGUUUCUCGAGCAGAUCCGCCGGACAGCUGAUAAAAGUGGCCGUCUUGUCGCAACAUACUUUGAAACCCUCGUUCCGCGAGAAAGCAACCCCGACUAUUACAAGAAGACGCGACUGCCCAUCUCCCUCGAGACGAUUGAGCAGAAGCUUCUCGAUGGCGAGUUCAAGACUCUCGCGGAGCUGGAGAGCUACUUCAAGCGGAUGAUUGCCAAUGCAAAGGAAUACUACAGUCGCGGGUCGCAAAUCUUCGAAGAUGCCGAGCGCGUUCGAAAGGCGCUCAGCAACUACAUGACCAAGACCAACCCUGCGUACAGCAACCGCUCGUACCAAGCCAUACCCACUCCGCUGCCACCUGAAAACGAAGACGAGGGAGAGCAGGACGCUGAAGCCGAAGCCGAAGAAGAAGAGGGCGCGAAUAACGCCGAGGCAGAAGAAGACGCCGAGGGGGAAGAUGCCGAAGGUGAGGAGGAUGCCCCAGGCGAAGACGAGGACGCAGAGGGCGAAGAGGAGCCCGAGGAGGACCAGGAACCGAGGUCGCGGCGGAAAGCCAUCAUACUCAAGCGCAGUCGCACACGCAGGAGCUCCAACCACGACAAUCUACCAGCUCGUUCGCCGCCAGCCAAGCCCGAUCACCAAUACGAGAAUGUCCCCUACAAGGGCCUCACUUUCCAGCAGGCCCAGGAGAAGAUUGUGGAGGAGCUUCUGCGGCACAAGGAACCAGAUUAUGACGAUGCCUACUUCGAGCCAUUCAUCAAUCUCCCCCCUCGCGCCUUGAGAGACUACUACAAGGUCAUCACCGACCCCUUGUCCAUCAAGAAGCUCCAGAAGCUUGUCAAAGGCGUGCAGGGACGGAAUGACGCGACUGGCGUAAGCGAGUUCAAGAGUUGGAGUGCCUUUGAAGAGAAGGCGAAGCUGCUCUGGACCAAUGCCUACUUCUACAACGAAGAGGGCAGCGACAUUUAUGUGCUCGCACAGGAGCUUGAGAAAUUCUUCUAUAGCCACCUGAAAAAGGCACAGGCAGCCGUGCCAGAGCCGGCUCAACCGAAAAUCAAGCUCAAGGUCGGCCAAGGCUCCGAAACGCCCAGUUCGUCCAAGAAAAUCACCAUCCACGUUGGUGGCCGCGACAGCUCCGUAGCGUCGCCAGCGCCCCAGGUGAAUCAGGCUUCCGAGGCCAUUGCUGCGGCCAACGUCAAUGGCGCUGCCGCUCAGCUCUCGGCCAAUCUCGAGCCUCCUCGAAGCGUCUCGGCGUCUGCACCCUCUCCGACGCCUUCAUCGCAAGUGGAAAGGAAGGUAGAGGAGGGCGCUCGGGCAUCCCCAGCCGUGGCCAACACGCCAGCGGGAGCGCCUGGGCAACCAGUUGCGCGACCCCCCAUUCCCGCGAUCCCAUCUCAGCCUGUCCAGACGAAUCCUCUUGUCAAUGGCUAUGCGGACCAGAGGCGAUUCCGGCCGGCUGGCAAAGGAAUCGAGAGUGCGCUGAUUGAAAAACUGCGAAUUCAGACUCAUCCCAGCGUUCCUAACGAGCGCCCUACGCUAGUCACGAUCCUGCCCAACGCAAAGGAGAUGCAGCAGUCGGCCACCGUCAAUCUCCCGCCAACGCAAACCCGCAUCUGGAUCGUCGUGACGCUGCCCACGUUUCUGCAGGACCGUCAGUACAGCCUCUGGACCCUGGUGGACAAGCAGCCCUGGAAGCAGUUGAUGCAGCCCAUCCCCAACCAGACCCAUCACGAGCGAGCGUUUGACGUGAUGCUGCACCCGGGGCUCAACGUCAUCGAGACGCAUCUCAUUGCCGCCAUACCCCGGCAAGAGAGAGAGCCAGGCGGGCCCGAGGCCGAACUGGAAGUUUUUACUGUCCUGAUUAACGUUGCACGGCCAUACUAA